GCUGUAUCUCAAGUCUGUUGAUUUCCUCCACUAGGGGUACUGAAUUUACAACCCAUUUAGAGUUCAUAUUUUUCCUUCACUAUUCAUCAUUGUUCUAGAGAUUUCACCAACUUUUUUAAUAAUAACUGAUAGUUGAUAGAUUUUUAUUUAUUAAUUUUUUUAGUUUAGUAAAUGCUGAUACCAUAUAGCCAAUCACAAUUGUUAAGACAUAAAAAUAACAAACCAAGGUCAUGGGUUAGGUGUAAAAAAAUGAUUUACUAUCUCCCUGAAAUGAUGAGAGUGGAAUUAUCUAUUGAAUAGCAUAAUCUGAUAAUAUGCUAUGUUAUUUUCUGAUAACAUUUGACCGUGGCAGUUUGAUGUGGCCAUGUGACUUGGAAAUCAUGUGCUGGUAUUUAAGAGCAUGUGAGCUCGAAGGAUUUUGCACAUUACACCUUGCCUCAACAUGAUUCAAUUCACAGCUGUUGUAGUGUUUGUUCUCGCUUCACGCGAUGUCUUUGGACUUCCUGUAGCAGUUGAUGAUAAGAUGACGGAACUCUCCGUAGAGCUGAGUCAGUUCGUUGAAGCGGGCUGCGGCUCAGAAAGGCUGCAGGAGUUAAUGGACGAUCUCAACGUUCGGGAAAUGUUCCGCCACACGCGGGGAGAGGGCGCAGUGGAGGAAUACGCUCAGCUGAACUGUGGCCUGUGCAAGUUGGUCGCGACCACGGUACUGAACAACUACCGCAGGUACCACAACAUCACCGUACUUGCGGACGCGGUGAUCAAUCUUUGCAAAAGUCUGAAUAUUGAAACGGCUGAAGUCUGCACAGGAGUGGUCAGAGUACACCAGAGGGCGUUUGAGUUCCUGAUGACCCACAUGAACGUGACGGACGACGACGCGAUCAAACAGAAGCUGUGCAGUUUGGUGGUGAACAGCGGCAGCUGCGUCUGGGAGGACGAGUGGACCGUGGACGUGGACUUGGGGUCCAAGCCCGAGCCGACCUCGCAGCAAGUCCAGCAGGAGAAGGCGGUGACGAUAGUGCAGCUGUCGGACAUCCACCUGGACCCGGCGUACAGGGUGAAGGGCAACGCGACGUGCGGGGAGCCAACGUGCUGCCGUGCGGCGCAGGGGGACCCUGAGGACGAGACCGGCGCGGCGGGGCAGUGGGGGGACUACCGUAGCUGCGACCUGCCCGCACACACGCUCCGGAACACCCUCGACUUCAUCAAGAAGCAACACAAGACCAUCGACUUCAUCUACGUCACUGGUGAUUACGUGAACCAUGCGGUGUGGGCGACCGGAGUCGAGUCGAACAGCGCGGUCAUCACCUCAGUCGUCCAGACCGUCGCAGAAGUGUUCGCAGAUUCAAAAAUAGUGUACGCGCUUGGAAACCAUGAAGCCAGCCCUGUGAAUGCGUACGCUCCGUUGGACGUGGAUAACGACACCUCAACCAACUGGCUCUUCGAACUGGUGUCCGACUUGUGGUCUCCGUACAUCACCGAAGAUGCGAAGCAAACAAUACUUGACGGAGGAUACUAUACGAUGAAGUUACAAGACAAUCUCAGAGUCAUUGUGCUUAACAAUAUCGUUUGCUACAAUUUGAAUCUCUGGCUGAUGUACCAGUCGGAGGACCCGUACGGGCAGCUGGCCUGGCUGGCGGAGACGCUGCUGCGGGCGGAACGUGACGGGGAGAAGGUGCACAUCCUCUACCACAUCCCCACGGGCAGCCGGGACUGCGUGCGCACCUGGAGCCGCGAGUACCACCGGAUAGUCGACAGAUUCGAGAACACGAUAACUGCCCAGUUCAGCGGCCAUUCCCACAACGACGAGUUCCACGUCUUCUACUCGAGCGACAACUCGUCCCGAGCGACCAACGUCGCCAUGAACGGCGGGUCGGUGACGACGUACACCUACCUCAACAUGAACUACAAGGUGUACACUGUCGAUCCGUCUUCGUGGUACAUCCUUGACGCAGAAAGCUGGGUGUACAACUUGACAGAUGCCAAUCUGUACCCGUACAUCACUCCAGACUGGUACAAACUGUAUUCUUUCAAAGAGGCAUACGGUGUUGAUAGUUUGGUGCCGUCACAGUUGGAAUCUUUGGUGAACCGUAUGACUUGGGACCACGACUUGCUACGGAAAUAUCACAUGUUUUACGUGAAAGGGGCGGAACCGUCUCUGUCCUGCGAUGAGGAUUGUCUUCAGGAACGGUUGUGUGACAUUGUGACCGCGAACAGCGGGGAUCCCACGAUAUGCAACCUGAUGAAAGAAAAAUUUUUGCAACACUCACCAUCGGCAUCGCUAAACAACGUGACCCGACCAGCCGGAACUGAAGGCACGCCACAGUCACCAUCACCAUCACCAUCUGCCGUGACGAACGGCUCAACACUCUCGCCAUCCGCUUCGUCCUCACUUUCCGGACUGCAUCCCGUUGUAGCUUGUACUGUUCUUGGCGUCAUAUUUAGUUGUAGGUAAACUGCUAACACAAACAUUUUUAUAACGGAUACAUUUUACUUUGGAGUGUGCUAUUUUAUAGCCUUAAGACUUGUGUCUGCUUAAGAUAGUAUACAUUAUAUUAAUGUAUUUUAUUAGAGAUAUUUUUGAAAUAUUCAUCCUGGGGUCGAAUCCAGGUUAGCAGCAUUUUCUGGCAAAAUAUAAUUUUUUUAUUGACAAUAAAUAAAUACAUAGCCAUUUUUAACGAGUUUGCAUUCUCUAGUAAAGCUGUAAAAUUGAUUUCACUUUAUUGAUUUUAAGCUACAGAAAUGUAUGUACAAUUUUUAGAAAACCAAUAAUCAGGUUCACUUUAAUAAUAUAAUGUAAUACUCAUCAUAUAUGGUUUGUUGAAUAUUUGCUACAACUUACCUUUGUUCACGUAAGUGCCUAGUUAGUGUUUUUAAUGGAAAUAUUUCCUUAAUAUUGAUUCUACAAUGAUUGUUAAUUCAAUUAUUAUCAUUGGAAGACAAUAUAAUUACGUUCUUGUACAUUUGUAUUGUGUAAUGUUAAGAAAUGUACAACUAAAAAUAAGUAACUUAUUCUUUCCAAAUGAUUAUUUGCUGAAAUUCUGAUCCAGUCUGUGAGUUCUUUGUUCAGAAGAUUGUAUAAAAUUAAACAAUUCUGGGAAUUAAAAAUUUUAUGUACGUAAUAAUUUUUCUUGUCAUUUUUCCCAUUAGUGAAUUCAGUUUUUGUAAGCAAUAGGUCACAGUUACAGAAAAUGUUUAUCUGAAAAUAUUAUUUGAUGUGUAAUUAGUUAUGUAUCACAGUCUCAAUGUCACUCACUAUCAGAGCAUUCCUCUCCUCUUUCUGAAGGUGUUAUACAUGUGUUUAAUUUUAAUGACCAUGAAAACUUAAUAAAAUUAUAUCUUUGCAAUAAA